AGCCAUACCAGUCUACCAUAGAACGCGGCACUGACUGCCGGCAUCCCAUCACCACGCUACCACGCCGCCGUGGCUCGCGUCCUGUUGUGCAAAUCGUGACUAAUUUUCCGUGGCCACAGAAAAUCGACAAGGUCUUCAACGCUUGACAAUUGCGUAAAUAUAGUCGUCUUUCUAGAGAAAAUUUUAUUUCGAACGGCAGCGGUAUCGCGCACAGUGUUAAAUACAUUACGUGAAUGCAUUUUUUCAUAUCUGUGAUUUGAACAUUUUAUAGGUGUUGCGUCGUGUCUGCCACAAAUACACAACGCCCAUCAGCAUGGCUCCCGCACAACAAAACGACGAUGUGUGCAACGCAAUCGACACGCAAUUGAAAAUGAGACUUAUACCUGAUGAAUAUAAAAGUGAUAAUACUGUGACGUGCUACGAAAACAACAACACAUUGUUACAAGACAGUACAAAUGAGAAGACAAAAAGUGAAACAGACUUUGACAUAAACAAGUAUGAAGCUAUGGAAUUCAGGCCACGCAUCAAGUGGCCAGACCUUACAGUACAAGUAUUGUUGCAUUUAGUCACAAUUUACGGCCUGUACCUGAUUAUAACUUUCCAAGUUAAGUUUUUCACAGUUUUAUUUGUAUUUGGUACAAUAUACACAUCAGGAUUUGGAAUCACAGCAGGUGUUCAUAGACUAUGGUCACACAGAGCGUACAAAGCGAAUACGCCUUUAAGGAUACUUCUCGCGCUACUCUUUACUAUAACUGGACAACGCGAUAUUUAUACUUGGGCAUUAGAUCACCGUGUUCAUCACAAAUAUUCUGAAAGUGUCGCGGAUCCCCACGAUGUCAGGCGAGGGUUUUGGUUCGCUCACGUCGGCUGGCUCGUCUUGACCCCACACCCCGCUGUGGAAGACCGCAGGGUCGCGCUGCGGAAAACGUCGGUAGACCUUUUGGCUGACCCCGUGGUGAAGAUACAGAAGAAAUUCUUCAUACCUCUAUUCGCAUUGUUAAACAUAAUACUGCCGGUAUGGAUACCUUGUUACGUAUGGAAUGAAACGCUCAUUAACAGUUUUGUUGUGAGCUUCGUAACAAGGUUUACAAUCACUCUCAACAUUGCUUUCUGCGUCAACAGCUUCGCUCAUUUAUGGGGAAACAAACCUUAUGACAGAUUCAUAAAGCCUGUAGAAAACAGUAUAGUAAGUCUGGCAGCCCUGGGCGAGGGCUGGCACAACUACCAUCACGUAUUCCCCUGGGACUACCGGACCUCAGAAUUAGGUCGACUUAACAUCUCCACAAAUUUCAUAGAUUUAUUUUCUAGGAUAGGAUGGGCAUAUGACUUAAAAGCGGCGACGCCAGCAAUGAUCGUGAAUAGAGCGAAACGAAGCGGUGACGGUACCCUCGGGGAGGAGGAAGAACCCGAACCUAUGACCCUACAUUCCGCCCGGAACUCGUCGCACACUGAUUGAUCCGACACCGUCACCCCUCACGGGACAUGGAUUACUGAAAUUCAACUGCUCAGAAUAUUCCCUUUGCCCAAAUACCUUUCCAACGCGGUUAUAUUAUAGGAAUGAAACCAAAUAUCGGAAGACGUUAGAUUUUGGAUUAAAUUAUACUUACCACGUAAUGUAGUUACUUUUAAGUAUUAUGACAAAUGUUAAAAAUAUUCUAAUCAAGUUGUUUAAUGUUGAUACAAAUUCAUUACCAAAAACUAUUACUAAGUAUCAAAGUAUAAUGGAUUUCAAGAAUUAUAUUUUUUUGUUAUGCAAAUAAAAAAUAUACACAUAUUUUUUGCACACUGACUAAUAUGACGACUUUUAUGACUCGAAAUGCUUUGUCCACAAAUCAUUUUUUAAAUAAUUCUAAAGAAAAUCUAAGAGGUCAAUACAAACGAAAA